AUGGGUCAGGUGUUCGCCAGUCUGUUUAGCCGAUUCUUCGGGAAGAAGGAAAUGAGGAUUUUGAUGGUCGGUCUCGAUGCCGCUGGAAAGACCACUAUCUUGUAUAAGUUGAAGCUCGGGGAAAUAGUUACCACCAUUCCGACUAUUGGGUUCAAUGUCGAAACUGUGGAAUAUAAAAAUAUCAGCUUUACGGUUUGGGACGUCGGUGGACAGGAUAAAAUCCGCCCUCUCUGGAGACAUUACUUCCAGAAUACCCAAGGUUUGAUUUUCGUUGUGGAUAGCAACGAUCAUGAGCGAAUCGGAGAGGCCCGUGAAGAGCUCUCGCGAAUGCUUAACGAGGACGAGUUGAGAGAUGCUGUUCUCCUAGUUUUUGCCAACAAACAGGAUCUUCCCCAAGCAAUGACUCCAGCUGAAGUAACGGAAAAGCUUGGUCUGCAUACGCUACGCAACCGUGUUUGGUUUAUACAAGCUACAUGUGCCACCGGCGGAGCGGGUUUGUACGAAGGAUUGGACUGGCUUAGCACGACUCUCAGUCAACGCAAUUGA